UAAACUUUGAAUUAUAUUGCGUAGAGUGGCUAAUUUGAAGAGGAGGCGUGAAUAUGUUGGUUCUUUUCGAGACAGCUGCAGGUUAUGCAGUAUUUAAGGUCCAUGAUGAAAAGGGUGUUCGUGAAAUCGACGAUUUGGCUAAGGCAUUCGAAGAUACAGCCACAAUGAAUCAGCUUAAGAAUUCAGCUUGAGCGCUUUGUCCAGUUCAAAGAUACGAAGGAUGCAUUAGUAGCUGCUUCGGACAUAAUGGAAGGAAAAUUGUCUAAGAAAUUGAAAAAGCUUUUGAAAAAGUUGUACAUCAAGGAGCUAAGAGACGAUGUGCUUGCAGUUGCUGAUAAAAAGUUGUCAGUGGAUAUUAAUACAAAAAUGAGUAUACCAACAGUUAGUGAUUCUCUAGUGCAAAAUCUUAUGCGAGGAAUCCGGACACAUAUCGAUAACCUCCUUCCUGUUGUUGAAGAUAGUCACAUGAUGAGGAUGCGUUUGGGUUUGGCUCACAGCCUUGAUAGAUAUAAACUGAAAUGUAACCCAGACAAAAUUGAUACCAUGAUAGUUCAGGCAGUCGGCCUCAUGGAUGAGCUAGACAAGGAAAUAAACAACUAUAUAAUGCGUGCUAAAGAAAUGUACGGGUGGCAUUUUCCUGAAUUGUCGAAGAUAGUUUUGGAUAAUGUAACAUACGUCAAAGUAGUCAAACGAAUCGGUCACAGGACAAAUUCAAGUGUUGACUUAUCAGACCUCGUACCGGAUGAAAUAGCUAGUCAAAUAAGAGAAGCUUCUAUCGUCUCCUUAGGAACAGAAGUAAUCGAUGAAGACAUUACUAUGAUCAACGAACUGUGCGAUCAGGUACUUGAAGCUUCUGCCUCCCGUAUUCAGCUCCACGACUAUCUUGUCAAGCGGAUGGUGGCAGUAGCUCCAAAUUUGACAGCUCUCGUCGGGGAACUUUUGGGUGCAAGGCUCAUAGCUCGGGCAGGAACACUUGUUAACCUAGCUAAACAUCCUUCUUCAACAGUACAGAUACUAGGCGCUGAGAAAGCAUUAUUCCGAGCAUUAAAAACACGACAUAACACUCCAAAAUACGGUCUGUUGUAUCAUGCCACAUUAGUAACACAAUCAGACAAUCAAUUCAAGGGUAAAAUGUCACGAAUGUUAGCUGCAAAAGCAUCAUUAUCAGCGCGUCUUGACGCUCUUGGUGAAGAGGGUGUUGACACAGAAAUGGGGAUACGAGCAAGAGCAUACUUGGAAAAGAGACUUCGACAGUUGGAAGCUGGAACUUUUAACCCGAGAUUAUCGGCGAUUAAGCGGGGAUUAAAGUCAGAGGACGGUCAACCGAAAUCGAAGAAGAUGAAGGUGGAUGAGUGAAUCAUGCCAAUUACAAUGUACAUACGUUGCGAAAAUAUACAGUAUUAAAUGAUUUGCUCCUAAUGUGCAUAGUCGUAUGAUGUAAUCAAGGUUUAAUCGAAUAACGCUUAUGUCGACAAAAGGUUCAUCACUCGAUUUUCUUAUGCUAUCUAGUCUGGCGACAGUUCAUAGUAAUCCCCCAAACUUUGUGUCCACAUCUUUUUAAAAAAUUAUGAUUCGUUUGAGGAUAUUUAGUGUUUUCCCCAAUAUUUACACAGAAUCUUAUAACUAUGAGGUUUUUCUCCAACCCAAGACUUCGGGGAAAUCCACAAAAUAGUGAAAUUGUGUUAUAACUCCUUUUUGCGUUUAAUUCACCAUUAACGUCUUUGAGAUGGCAUCGCACUAAUUUUCUAGAUUUAUCAUCGAUUUAUAACAUGUAGUUAUGUCUAAUUUAAAUAGAGACAGUUCGUUCUGUUGUAGUUCACGGCUGCGAGUUACUAGUAUUUGAUC